CCUUCCCGGCGGGCCGUUUGGCAGGGCGGGGCGCCUUGCGAAGAUGGUGGAGUGCGCGGCGUGUGCCUCCAGUCGCUUGCCUAAGUCUCAGCGUCGCGCACCGGCCGGUGUCUCGCCGGUCCGGAGCCCCCGCCCGCCAGGUCUCUGACCCCGCGCCCCCAGUGUUCAGUCCCCGGUAUGCCCCGCGCCCGCAAGGGGAACGCGCCUCGUAAGGGCGGCCAGCGCCGUGGAGGGGGUGCCCGGAGCAGUGCCCACGCUGACUCAGGUUCCAGUGAGGAUGAGGCGGCCAGUGAGGCCCGCAGCACCACCAGUGAAUGUCCCAGCCUUGUCAGUGUCACAACAGAGGACUGCCUUGGGGGUGAUGCUGUGGAUGAACAGGCUCAGCAGGAAGACCUUGAGGAUAAGCUGAAGGAAUAUGUGGACUGCCUCACAGACAAGAGUGCCAAGACCCGGCAAGGUGCCCUGGAGAGCCUGCGCCUGGUCCUGGCAUCACGCUUGCUGCCUGACUUCUUGCUGGAGCGCCGCCUCACACUAGCUGAUGCCCUGGAAAAGUGCCUCAAGAAAGGAAAGAGUGAGGAGCAGGCCCUGGCUGCUGCUAUGCUAGGUCUGCUCUGCGUGCAGCUGGGCCCUGGGCCCAAGGGUGAAGAGCUGUUCCACAGCCUGAAGCCCCUGCUGGUCUCCGUGCUCAGUGAUGGCACAGCUAGCCCUGCUGCCCGUCUCCAUUGCGCUUCUUCUCUCAGCUUGGGCUGUUAUGUGGCUGCUGCUGAUGUCCAGGACCUAGUCUCUUGCCUUACUUGCUUGGAAGGUGUUUUCAGCCGGGCCUGCGGUACGCGUGGCUCCACAGCCCUUGUGGCUCCUGCCAGCCUGCAUGGCCUGCUGUGUGCUGCCCUGCAGGCCUGGGCAUUGCUGCUCACCAUCUGCCCCAGCACCCACAUCAGCCACAUCCUCGACAGGCAGCUGCCUCGGCUGCCCCAGCUUUUAUCCAGUGAGAGUGUGAACCUGCGGAUUGCUGCCGGCGAGACCAUCGCGUUGCUCUUUGAGCUCGCCCGGGACCUUGAGGAAGACUUUAUUUAUGAGGACAUGGAGGCCCUCUGCAGCACUCUGCGUACUCUGGCCACUGACAGUAACAAGUACCGUGCAAAGGCUGACCGCCGGCGCCAGCGCUCGACUUUCCGUGCUGUGCUGCAUUUUGUCGAGGGCAGUGAGUUUGAGGAAGAGACAGUCCGCUUCGGGCUUGAGGUGCUCUACGUGGACAGCUGGGCCCGGCGCCGGGUCUAUGCCGCCUUCAAGGAUGUGCUGGGUUCUGGCAUGCACCACCACCUUCAGAAUAAUGAGCUACUCCGUGACAUCUUCGGUCUGGGCCCCGUGCUGGUGCUGGAUGCCGCUGCACUAAAGGCCUGCAAGAUUUCACGCUUUGAGAAGCACCUGUACAACACUGCCGCCUUCAAAGCCAGAACCAAGGCUCGUAGCCGUGUGCGGGACAAGCGGGCAGACAUCCUGUGA